AAUAUACRUAAKCCACAYAUCAGGAAGGUUAAGUACUCGCAUUGUUGGAUCACAUGAUAUUUUGGUUAAAUUAGAUUGUGAAAUCACACCUUUUUGGCAUUCUACUUACAGACAGCAACUGCGAGGUGUACCUGCAAUCUCCUUGGAGAGCUCUGAUAGUUGAAAAAAAUGACAGAAAUAUUGGAUACUGAUAACAAUACGAGCAAAAUCUACGAGAUAGUCUCGUCCAUUCAGUCGGGAAAUGUAAGCAGCGUUGAUGCUGCGAAAAGCUGUGUUCUUCCUCUUGCGCAUGGUAUUCCAAUAGUCCUUCUGAACAUCAUUUUCAGUAUUUUUGGAACCAUUGRGAAUAUCCUCAUCGUCUUGGUAGUACUAAAGACACCAAAACUACGUCGCAUUUCAAACUUCUUGCUUCUGAGUCUCGCCUUAGCUGACUUAUUGGUGGCGAUAUUUGCUCAGCCYAUGCAAGCCAUUACAGUAGCCGUGAAGACGUUUGGUCAUUACUGUGUUCCCCCAGUUGACUACGCGUAUGAUGUSGUCGCMAACUUYUCUUGUUCUUGCUCGCUAUUCCAUCUGGCAGCCAUCAGYGUGGACCGUGCAAUUAUCAUAGCGAAGCCUCACGAUUACCAGAACAUCAUGGGGAAAUACGGAUUACGCGCUAUGUUGGCUUCUUGCUGGGGAAUUGCACUUCUUUUCGUAUGCAUUCGUGUUCAAUUUCCAGAAACACUGUUUCUGUCUGUCGCUUUGAUCAUCAUAAGUUACCUCACCAUUACAGUCUCGUAUACCAUAAUCCUGUUUGAAAUCACACGUGAGAGAGUCAAUCGUAGCAAGCAUCCAAGCGAUUCGCGCGCACUUUCGAGAGACGCGCGAAUGGAGAGGCGCGUUGCGGGAACUAUUGCCAUUGUMAUUGUCGUCUUCUCUGUCUGUUGGUUUCCAUUAUUGGGAUUUUACGUCUCCAUGAAGAGGGGUCUACUAAGAACUCUUAGUGGAGUGCCAUACAUGUGGAUACGAACUAUCUUGCUUAUCAAUUCGUCCAUGAACUUUAUGAUCUAUAGUUUYCGCAUAGAUCAUUUUCGUUCUGCAUACAAAAAGAUCAUUCGUCAAUGGGUGCGAAAUGCAAGYGGAUGGAUGAGGCUUUCUAACGGUGGCUCUUCCACGCCAGCCAACAAUUCCUCGAGUAGAUGUAGCACUUUGGAUAAGAUGGGGACAGACAUUUAGAGAAUAGAGAACUGAUAUUUCACAGAAUAUGAAAAUAACAGGCUGAAAUAGUACUGAACAGGCUUCUUCUAAUUUAAUUUAAGAUCUAUUUUGACUUGUGGAAAAAAACAAAAAACAAAAAACAGUCGUAGAUCAUUUAUGCAUAUGGACUAAUAUAUAAUAUGUACAAUCAUAACAGAUUACAAAUAUUGUACUUUAUAAUCAUUGUAAUUCAAGUACUAAUGAGGACUUAGGGAAAUGGUAAAAUUUGAGGUGGUAUACAUAUUCAGGGYUUGAGGUAUUUGCUUCACUUACAGCAAAAAAUAUACGUAUUCGCACGAGAGAGAGAGAUAUUAGAGACUUGAAUGAUGUAAAUUUUAGAUCCUCAGGAUUAUAUUAAACAAACUAUAUUUAAAUUGA